AGAUGGAUGCAGAUCUUUAAUGUUAUAUCACUACAGAAAUAUUAUUAUCAUUGUGAGGGCUAGGGAGGGAGUGCGAGAAAAACCGAAGACGGUGAAGAGCAGAGAGGAAGCAGAGAAAGCGUUCACCUACGAUCUUAAAAUUGUGUAAAGGCAUGCUUGAUCAGCUUUCGCUUUAUCCACUUCAAUCGGGGACACAAUCUGCGAUGGGACCGAUUUCGUUCGACAGAAGAUUGAGAAACAUACCCAUCUAGCCUCCUCAUUAUUAUCUCCGUAUUUCGACUGAAAGUCACGUAAAGCAAUCAUGCUUCCUCGUGAUCGCAGCAUCCGCCUUCGCGUGAUGCCCGAGCAGAGCAAUGACUACCGAGUCGUGGUCUUCGGCGCUGGUGGCGUCGGUAAAAGUUCUUUGGUGCUCCGAUUCGUUCGUGGGACUUUCCGAGAAUGUUACAUCCCAACCAUUGAAGAUACCUACAGACAGGUCAUCAGCUGCAACAAGAACGUCUGUACUCUCCAGAUUACCGACACAACGGGGUCUCAUCAAUUCCCUGCCAUGCAGCGGCUGUCGAUCAGCAAGGGUCACGCGUUUAUUCUCGUUUAUUCCAUCACCAGCCGACAGUCCCUUGAAGAACUCAAACCUAUCUACGACGUCAUACGUGAAAUCAAGGGCGACGUGGACGGCAUCCCCAUAAUGCUCGUUGGGAAUAAGUGCGAUGAUCCUAACCGAGAGGUCAGCAUCCAAGAAGGCAUGGAACAGUCGAAAUUUUGGAGCUGCGCCUUCUUGGAGACUUCAGCGAAAACCAAUUACAAUGUAAAGGAACUCUUCCAGGAUCUGCUCCAGCUGGAGAAGAGAAGGAGCAUGAGCCUUCACCUCGAGACGAAGAAGACAAAGUCACAGAAAAGGCGUGAGAAGUUGAAGGGGAAAUGCACAGUCAUGUGAUCUUUCAUUUUGAUGUGACAAUCGGGUUUUAUAUACAUUCCUGUCGCCUGGUUGUUGCUUGACUAUCACCUGACUGUCACCUGAUUGUUGCUUGGUAAUCUCGAGACAUUCUUGAAACGUGGAUACCGUCAUGAUGUUCGACCUCUAACGCGUCUUGAAGAUUUAAAAGGAAGUGGUGCGGCAUGUCAAGUAGAGACAGCCCACUACAAGGAAGGGCAUGUGCGGUGUCUGCCCACACGCCAAGUCACAUGUUGGUUAAGCAUGGUUUUACAUAAAUGUCACCAGUAUCCAUUGCCACCUUGUCUUGUAAGUGUAUACCGUGUGAAACCAUGUGAUUUUAUUCCUUUGGAUGUUGACUCUGGUAAUACCCACACAAAAAAUAUAACCUGAAGAGUCCUUGUUCUGACGCUGGCCGUCAAAGAUAGAUUUAAACAAAAAAAUAGAAAAAUAAAAAAUCGGUUAAAACUGUUUAACAACAUGAUGUAUUAGUAAUACAAACCCUGGUUAAAAAAAAGAUUAUGAGGUCUUUUGCUGAAAAUGAUAAUAAUUUCUAAAAUGCAGUAAGUCAAUGAGGUCCAUAUAACUUUUGAUUAUAAAUUGAUUUAGUGAAAGAUAUUUGCCAGUAUGAGGUUUAUCCUGCAAAUGGAAUAAUAAAAUUGGUCAUUGUGUUUUUUUAUAUUUGAAUAAAAAUAGAUAUUGAAUAUUAAACUGGUUGGAGUAUUCUUUAUUUCAACAUAUUUUCGUCAUUUAGAUAGUUUUUAUCAGACUGGAUUUUUAAAAGUCAAUAUUACUCAAAGUUAUGCCCGUAAUAGUAUACUAACCGUGAAAUUUUUCUAUAUUUCAUGUAAUGUCUUGAUUAUCAAGCAGGAGAUCACAAUUAUUUGAUAAAGUUAAUUACAAUACCGAUUAAAAAAUACUAGUCUAUUUUCAGCUUCAUAAUCUUUCAACUCAUUUAUUCUCAACGAUUGAUGGAAAGACAAUCUAUGAACUGCCCAGUAAAAAUCAUAUCACCAACUUAUACUUUAGAUUCUUGAUCAAUAUGAAACAAGUAAUCUUCUAAAUGUCCGUUAUAUUGAAAACAAAAAAGGUCAGGAAAGGUUAAAUAAAAUGACCAAUCUCCGUGACAAAAAAGAAGCAAGGCAAUAGCUACAAGUGUAGCAAAACAGUGUAUGAUUUAUUUCGUGUGUUUAGAUAUCCAAUGCAAUACGCAGAGAUUUGUCAAUUAUUAACCAAGUGUGUCGUGUAUACUCGCAUCUAGAUCUUCGUGUUUGUCAUAUAGUUUUACCUUUAACUGUUUAAACUAAUUUACUAUGUGUGUAAAACACUGUCAAUAUACUGUCUUCAAUUUAUCGAUAUGAGUGUAGAUUUAUUUUAUUUUUUAUCAGGAAUCCGUGCUGACAUAAAUACCGUCGAUUCUUUAUGCUGCACGCACAUUAAAGACUAUUUUUUGUAGUUCAUCUGUAUCAGCUUCAAAGGAAUGCUUUCACAAGGAGGUGUAUCAUGAGAAACGGAUGAUGGUUUCCAUUUUGUAUGAACAUAUUGUCAUUUAAUUUAAAUUUGAAAAUCAAGGUAAAUGAAGAUAUACAAUUUAUAUCAAAGCAAUGUAUUUUAUUCAUCUAAGUCAUAAGAUCAUAUUUUAUAUAUUCAUGUUUUUAUUCAUCUUUAUAUUUUAUCAUGUAAAUGUCAAUCUUAAUUUGAAAAACACGUUUAUUGUUGCUUUUACUAUUACUUUUAUUACAAUGGAAAAGACGUACUGAUUUCUUUUUAAUACCUGCAUAACCACGAUACUCUACCUAUACAGCUUGUAUGCCCCCAAAUCAGAGGCCGCAAACAAUAGCAAGUUCGAGUUCUCAAUUACGUUUAUUUGAUUCAGAAAGUAAAAAAAAUGCAAUUCCAGUGAAAGCAUUAGAUUAAAAGAACUGCAUGGUUGAUUUUUUUUUGGGGGGUUGACCAAAUUGUGGAGUAAUUGUUACCAUUGUGUACACAAUAUUUUUUGCCAUAGACUUCACGAGAUGGCGAGGUAUUUUAUCUCGCCAAGUUGAUUUCAAUAGCCUUAUUAUGUCGACAUAAAGAUAUAUGUUUUCUUACCAAGUUGACUUACAAAGAAAUGCGUGGCGACUUGGCGAGAGUCACUAUCUCUUAUAUGUCGACAAAGUCAACGCGACAUACGUUAUCUUGCCAAGUCUACUUAUACACAAUUGUAUAUUAAAAUACGAUAUAUGUCAUCGACGUAUCUUGCCAUUUCAGCUUAUAAUUUUUAACUAAGCAAGAUUAUUAUCUCGCAAUGUUGACAUACAACUUUGGGGGGCGACUUGUCAAGAUAAAUAAUCUCGCCAUGACGACAUACAAGUUAUUUUAAGUCGACCUCGCAAGAUAACAUAUCUCGCCAUUUCGGCGUGUCAAUGGUACUUUUAAACUUCGAUAAAUAAAAUAAAGGGCUAUUACACUUCAACGUCUAAAGGCAGCGGGUUUUUUUUUCGACUAACGUUGGUUAUGGCACGCCGUGUUCAUAAUCCAAAAUAUUGAUAUCAAGAAUUACCAGAACAACACAUUUGGCAUUCCGUAUAAGGAAAAUGGAUUCUUGAUAUUUUGUGUUAACAAAAUGCAAUUAUUGUUAUUUCGAAUGGAAUGGCGGACAUGACAAUGAAUGAGAUUAAUUAAAGGGGAAACGGCUGCCCACAUAUGUCGGCACACGCUGGCUCAAGCUUGUAUGAAUGACAGACCAUAGAACUAUAAUAGCUCUAUGGACAGACCAGUUACUUCUUUAUCACUGAAUGACAUAAUUCUGUAUUCUUUUUUAUUCAUUAUGUUUGGUAAUCAAUAAUAAUGUGAUGUCACUUAUUAUCAUGUCACUCAAUUUCCAUGGAUGAGUUAUUGAUUUAGCUUAAAAUUAUAUAUAGGCACCUUAUUUCACGCCCAUUUUCAUUCAAUUUACCACAAAGAUAGUAUACCUAUUUUUAUCACAGUUUACCUCAUCUAUUUUUGAGGGGGUGAAUAUGUAAAACUGUGCAAUACCAAAACGUGUUGAUUUAAAACGUACUGUUACAUCGUGUUCUUUUUUUUUAUGUUCGUCUUUCGUUGAAUUGAUUUUAAGGUAUUAUCUUGUAGGAAAUGUUGUAUAUAUUAUACAUUAAUGAUAUUUGAGAUUUGUUUAUUUUGAUAUACUGUACAUUGUUUGAGAUUUGUUGAAUAUUAACAUGUGGAUGAAGAUCCCGAACAGUUGCCAUCUGAUGAUUCCAUCACCCGGAGCAGUUAUAAAGGAGAAGGACAGAGCCUGCUUUAUCUAACUAUCUAAAUUUGAGAAAAAAACAUAGUCUAAGAAAAAAGCUCUAUCUUGUCAGCAUGACAGGAAAACAGGUUGCUGACAUAAAUAUGACGAGCAGUGACAAUGAUGGUUAAAAUAAUGAUAAUAAUGAUAAUGUUCAUAAUGAUAAGACGUACAUUUUUAGCAGGUCAAUAUGGAAAAAUGCUCAUAUUUCCAUUUCUAAUUUAUUUUCCAUCGCUGCUAAUUUGAUUAUAAAAUAUUUAAAUUUGUAUUUCGAAAAAAUGAUAUAGUUAAUUAAACUUUUGGCCAUCAAUAUUCGUUUAUCAGCUGUUUAGUUGCAUAAAAAUCGAAAUAUAUCUCUUAUACUGAUGAUUGAAAUAACAAGUAUAAAUUAGUAUCAUGUAAAAGCUAAAUAGCAUUUGAAAUAUCUCAUAUUGCAAUAUUUGUCCGAUGUGAUGAAGUUUAUUGAUUGUUUAAAAAUUUGUUUAUUUUAUGAAAUCAAAUAUGGAUGGUGUCGGCAUAAUUGCAAGGUGAUCAAAGAUAACAGUUUUAUAUUAUAAUUGUAAAUAAAAUCAUAAUAUUGUUUGCAUAAAAAAGAACGAAGAAAGGUGAAAGGCAGAUGUUGAGUAUUGAAUGAUGAACUACCAACUAUUUCAUGUUUGUUAUUAAACACUAAUAGAAUUAUUUGAAAUUAA